GCGUAUUUGUUAUGAUCCUAUGUUGCGUUUUCAUAUGUUUGAUCCAUUUCUGGGAUUAAUUCGUGAAUAAUGACGCGUUUUUGGUGGAAAGUGAACGUGUUGCUGACGGAGAUCGAGCGACGUGAUGUUGAAGCUCUGCGAUGUUCAGAGAGAAAAGGAAAAUCCGGAGUUAGCUCCUGAGUUAGCUCCUGAUGCUAACGUGUCAAACUGAGAAGAGUUCAGAACCAGCUUCCAGGAUGUCUAAACUUGAGCGUCUGAAUGCUCGCGUGGCCAAGCUGCUGUCUGAAGCGGUGCAGGAGGUUCUGGAGGUGGUGAAGGAGACGGUGUCGGAGUACCAGGAGAAAACUGCCCGGACGCAGAGGGAGAACAAGAGUCUGAAGAGACGCCUGCUGGAGCUUCAGGACAAAAUAACAAGAGAGAGUGCACCUGCUCAGCCUGACAGUGGAGCGUUGUCUGAAGAAAAACAAGACACAAAGACUCACAAGCAGGACUCCAAUGUCACUCAGAGACACAACUCAGGCGUCACACACACUGAGCAACAGCCGAUGAGCAGCCACACACCUGAGCAUGACGUGAAGCAGGAAAACAGAGAACGUGAAAGCCACAAUAAUACUGACUCACCGGCUGAAUGCAGCUUAGCACAAACAUCGAUUGAGUAUUGCAAAGCACAACCUGAGGAGGAGAUGCACAUAACCGAGGAAGGGAUGUACACAACUGAGGAGGCAAUGACUGUCCAUCCAUCACACAGGGCUAACAGAGAAAUCACCUCUGUCUCAUCUCACCAUUUACACAAUCCUCCCUCCAUCUGUCCACUUGAGGUAAACCUGCCUGCCGUCAAUAUAGAAGCAGAGCUGACAAACUGCAGCACAUCAGAACCUCUACCUCUUCCAGAGCAAUAUCCCAGAUGCGUGGACUUAAGCUGCAACUCUUCCCGUCAUAACCCUGCUGAGGCCCCCCCGCCACAAGUCGGCCCUGACCCUUACGAACUCGUCCUCGCCCACUCAAAGCACAUACAGAGGAGGCACGGAUUUGCAAAACCCAACAGGACUUUGUUCGACGUGAGGAGAAUCAAGAGGGAGGACUUCACGGAAGAUGACUCACACCUGUGCGUUGUCUGUGGGAAGACGUUCACCAGGGUGGGGAACUUGCGAAUCCACCAGCGCUGUCAUACGGGGGAAAAGCCGUACGGCUGCGUACAGUGCGGGAGGCGCUUCAGUCAGGCAGGAGACCUGAAGAAACACAAGCGCGUCCACACGGGGGAGAAACCGUACUACUGCAACCAGUGUGGGAAGAGCUUCAGUCGAGGGGAGAAUCUGAAGAGACACCAGAAGGUCCACAUCGGAGAGAGACUGCAGAUCCAGCAGACGUGGAGCGAGCAGCAGUUGUGAUUAUGAAACAAGACUCAGAGUGAGACAUUAAAAAACAGUGCACUUGGAUUGUGAGCGGAUACUUUUUGGUGUGUGGAAAAAGUAAAGUUUUAAAUAUAUUUAAAUAAUUAAAGCUACGGACUUUGUGGAAAUGUUACUUUCCUGUAACUCAUCGGUUGAUUGUUCCAAGGAGUCGCUUGCUGUUUGGGAUUCUAGUCUCUUGUGUUCUUUUAUAUGAUUUUAUCACAACUGACUUUUUGACAUAUCCUAACAUGAAAAUCACAGGUAUAACUGAUGACACUAAAAAUACAUGCAUACUGUUCAGGUAAGCAGUUUCCACUUAUUGGGAGUGAAGGAAAUUAGUUUCACUUUCCCUGCUGUGUAAAAAGUCUAUUAUGAUGUAACAAGACCAAAGAGGCUAAUAAUUUACAGCUGGAAAUGCAGUGAUACCAAGGCACAGUGUAAUUAUUUUAACAUAUAUAAAUGCAUAAACAAAAGCAUAAUGUGAAUGAUUAACACUGAAUAUUUGAAAUACUUCUCAACAGCAUGAUUGUCAUAAUAAUAAUGAGAAUUUCCCCUGAAUAACCGAAUCUUGUGGUUUGCUGGAUAUAUUUAUUGCAGAUUAAUUUAGUUAUUUAGGAUAAAAAGAAAUGAACCUUGCACAGCUAAAUAAAUGAUAAACUGGUCAGUGGGGGACUCUUUAAACAAACAUUGUCUUGUGGAUGAAUUCAUUAAAUAGGAAUAAUGUCCUGAA